AUGCGGGAGAGGCCUCCCCAAAGGCCGGAGGGCCCCUCAGCGCCUCGUAGGUGCCUGCGGGUUGAUAAAGAUGCAUUGGAUUCCCAGGUCAAGGAUAGGAAAAUUCAAGAAGCAGCUGAAAAAGCACGAAAUGAACAGCUUGCUAAUGAAAUGAAGCGAAAUGACAAGAUCGUGUGUAUGUUAGAAGAACGACAGAAAGCUGAUAUCAGAAACAUAAAUAAAGCCAUCAAUGAAUUUCAGAAGAAUUUUCAGAAGCCAGAAACAAGACGUGAAUUUGACCUGAAUGAUCCACAAGCCUUAAAGAAGGACAGACCUGCUCGAGUUUCAGACAAUGACCCUCGAUGUACUGUAUCUGGCUUGCAGAAGUUUGUGGGUGAAGACUUAAACUACAAUCAGAGGAUGAAAUUUCAAAAGGAGCAGUUCAAAGAGUGGUCUCUCCAGCAGCAGAAAGACUGGAAGAAUGCAUUAGCUGAUAAACAAUAUGAAGAUUAUCUUUAUGACAAGAAUAGGAUUGCAAUUGACCAAAAGACUAUGGAGCUACAACAGAAAGAAGAAGAAAAUAGGCGUGCUGUUUGUGCAGCUACUAAAGACUUCAAUCAAAUCCAGGUUGCUGAACUAGCUCAGAAAAAGAGGUCAGAAAAGUAUCAAAAAAUGAAAGAUGACAUGGAUGAAAUUUCCAACCUCCUUAAAGGGAACUUACUUUCUGAAAACCCAGAACAAGCAGUCAGUUCCUUUGGUACACAUCGUGUGAUCACAGAUAGAUGGAAGGGAAUGAAUCAGGAUCAGCUGAUGGCAAUCCGUUCCGCUCAACAGCAACAAGUUCUGGAGAAACAGAGACUAAAACAGGAAGAACAGCGAAGAGAGGCUGAGUGGGACAGGCAAAGGUUACAGGCUGCAAGAGCUCUGCUGGUUUUAGAGCGGCAUCAUCAACGACAGAAUCGGGAACUCCGCCAGGCUUUAGACAGCGUCAACACAGAGCUGUCCCACGAGCAAAGAUCAAAGAACAUUUAUCUUAAAGAAGAGGAAUAUUCAAACGUUCCAACAGACCAGUAUUAUGCACAGUUUAAUACAACCAGCCGAUGA